GAUUGCAGCGCGGUCCAGUCUGCUGCUGGAAGAGCAAACCUGGCAACCUGGCAGCUUGUCCGGAGACCGUUGGCAAUCUGGCAAUGCGGAAAUAGAUCUGGCACCCCCGAGCACGGACUGAGGAGAGAGGCGUGACUGAGCGAGCAGAGAGGAGAGUGGAUUGCACUGGCAAAGAUAAAAUAAUCAACUAUUUCUUUCCUGUUAGCUUUUUUUCUUUUUUAAAUAAAGUGCUCAGGUGCGCUCGUCUGCAUCGGCUGGGAUUUUUCCAGCAUUUGUUUUUCAACCUGACAAGUCUGGGAAGAAGGAAAGAAGAAGUGUGUUUUUAUCGUUUGGAUUCCGGACUUCUUUACUGACUUUUCCUUUUUUUUGCAUCAAGCAUGGAUGUGUUGGCGAAUUACAGUAUUUUCCAGGAACUCCAACUCGUUCAUGACACUGGUUAUUUCUCUGCGAUGCCUUCCCUGGAGGAGAACUGGCAGCAGACAUGUCUCGAGCUGGAGCGCUAUCUACAGACGGAGCCCAAGAGACUCUCAGAGCUCUUUGAUGAGGAGCUGGACUGUCUCUUAACGCCGACCUUCAUACAGGGCGGUGACAGUGAUGAGGACCUGAUGGACCCCCUCCUCCCCAGCCUCCCUGACCAGCCCAGCCCACCUCCACUACUGAUAACCCUCCCCAAGGUCCAGGCCAAAAUCCUCCAGGUGCCCAACCCCAGCAGGACCCAAGCAGAGGCAGGGACUGAAACCCUCACACCAAAGGACCAAGUCCUCGCAGGAGUCAGUGCCGCACAGCUCAGUGCCGCUGUUACAUCCCUUACACCGCCAUCGUCACCAGAGCUCGGCCGCCACCUCAUCAAGCCCACACAAACACUGACUGCGACGGCGGACGGUACACUAACGCUCAAAUUUGUGGCAAAGAAGGUAGGGUUUGGGGCGGCUAAACUGGUGGCAGCACGAGCGUUACCAUCGCCGCCAAGCCGUGGAGGAGCCCUCAGUGACAGCGAGCAGGGAGGAGGAGGAAGUCUUGGAGGAGACAUACCAGAGAACAAAAAGAGAGUCCACCGGUGCCAGUUUAAUGGCUGCAGGAAGGUUUACACCAAGAGCUCCCAUCUGAAGGCACAUCAGAGGACUCACACAGGUGAGAAGCCCUAUAAGUGCUCAUGGGAGGGCUGCGAAUGGCGUUUUGCCCGCAGUGACGAGUUGACACGACACUACCGCAAACACACCGGAGCGAAGCCAUUCAAGUGCAACCACUGCGACAGGUGUUUCUCUCGGUCGGACCACCUGGCCCUGCACAUGAAGAGGCACAUCUGAGGGAAAAAAUAAAAGGAGUGGGAGAGGAGAAGAAGCAAGAGGAGAAAAAGGAGGAGGAGGAGAAGAGAUAGGAGGAGAGAGGGAUGGGCAGUCGAGCUAUACCGCCCUCCUCGUUCACCCCAUCCAUACCCCAUCCGUCGGCGGCCAUGACGCCUGCAGGGCAGCGCAUCCAUCUGGGAGGGCCAUAAAGAUCAAACGGACUGACGGCCCUUUGAUUGGAGACGGGGGUUAGAGGAAAACGAGGAGUAGCUAGAUUGUUGUUUUUCUUUAAAAUCACACAUAUUCGCACACUUGCAAUAGUGAACACUCAACACACCCGUCUUUGAAUGCAUCAUCCCGGUGAACCCCGGCUGCUCUCAUGCGGCUCUGGGGACUUGGACACUGCCAAACCAACAUAUACUUAACUUGCUUGAUGAAACAUUACGCAGCCUUUUUAUCUUUCUUUGUAGUCAGUGUGCUUAAACCAUAAAGUCACUUUAGGUGAGGAGAUAGUUCAGUGGGGAAACUUUGAAUAUCCAUGUAGUCAGUUGUAAGUGCUUUACCGGCUUUUGAAAUCAAAUACUCAACUUUUUUCAUUGUUUUUUAACGUUUCUCAUACACGGGACACGGAACCAUCAUCUGCCGCAGUCAGCUCCAGUAAUCUAUGUGAAGAAAACAACAACAAACAACAAAUCUGCAGGAGAGAGACUGUAUGGAUUGACUUCUAGCAUAGCUGACAAUCGAACCCAGGGCUCGGACACCGGGUGUUUUCCGUGCACCCAUGGGACCUCGGUCAGCGGGUGCUGCUGCAACUCUCAGGCUCUCCUCCAGUGGGUGUUUGCAUCUCUCACCUUCACUGAGACGCCUGCUGCCUCCACAGGCUAACUGACAGAAAUGCGCAGCGACACUUUCUUCCCUUUUUUUCUACUUAGAGGACGAUCAUUCUUCUUAUUGUUGUUAUUACAAAGAAUGACACUUUGUUCUUUUCUCUCUUGGAGAAAAUGUCUUAAAAAUCACUGAAUUGUGUUUGAGAAAAAAACUCAAAAUCUAAGAUGACUUCAACGGAAUGUGUGGGAUGAGAAGGAGAGCGUUGUUGGUCUUUUAAUCCCCAUGUGCACCGGUUCUGCUUCUGCAGUCUGUGAGCAACCAGUGGAUGAACAAAAAAAACGAAUCAUACCAACUCUCAGAAACGGGAUUUGUAUUUUUGUUGGACUAAAAUAAAAGCAGAAAGCAGAGAGGUCUUCAGUUGUUCGUGCUGCUCUUUCUGCCCUGCGAUUCACUCCAGCUGAAAAACACAACCCUUGCAUGACCUUUUGUGGUCUCGCACUCUACCGGAGUCAGGCGGAGGUUUCGCAAAAGAAUGGAAACCUGUUUUUUCUUCUUUCUUUGUUUUUUUUGUUGAUUCUGAGAGCCAUCCUGGAGCUCUUUCACAGACUCUGAGAUCUCAUCUCCCCGGCACCACUGCAGGGCAUGAACAGAGGCUGAAGAGCUGCUUUUUGGUUACUCACUCAGCUUACUGGGACGCCAACCGACCUUUGUGUGGUGGUUCCGAACAGACACGGUCACGUUGCCCCGGUCAAAUUUUGCCUGUUUCGUAUCCAUUGACUGCACUGACUUCUUUUCAAUGUUAUCUGUGCUUUUGUUUCCAACAGCGAUAAAAGGAACACAAAGAAAAAAAAAUCAUAAAAAGACUUGAAAAAAUACGACACAAAAAAACAAUUCUGUCUCGCUCUACACAUUGUAUACAGAACAAGCACACAUAUUCCAUCAACACACACACACACACACACACACAGACAGACUACCAGUUUCUUUGCUCACGGCUCCUCUUGAGAUAAGACUAAUAAGAUUUAGGAAAAUAAUUAUUAAACUAAUGAACAGAGUUGGAAAACAAAACACUGCAUGGCAGGCUUUAUUGCAAACACACAUACACCAGCUCAUGUACACACACACACACACACACACACACACACACACACACACACACACACACACACACACACACUUCCUGGAAUUAUACGUUCUGCUCCCAGAUCUUUCUUCACAGUAGGAAUUUAGCAACUGUUGUUUAGUAGAAGAGGAUCUUAGCUCUCGGCUGGAGGUAAAAAACUAUUUCAAAUCCUUUGAAGUGAGAAAUCAGCUUGUUCUCAGUUCCAACAAUCACCCACAUAUCCCUCGCUACAGUUUGUGCCUCUCAUUUAAUCUGCGUUUUUUUAAUUCAGAGAGAGGGUAUAAACUAGUAAGUAAAAACAAUUGCAGCAGGCCGUUAAGCAAAACAUGUUGAAAACGUGUCCAUAAUCCUCAAACUCCUUUCUAUCCUGCCUCUCAUCUACAGUGAAUUUGAAUGUCUUGACCCAAACACAGCUUUCCAAUUAUUGAAAGUCCUGAAAUGACUAAAUCGACUUAAAGAUACAGUUAUUUAACCUGGAAAUCAGGUUUCAUAGGCAAACUGUCAUUGGGAUCACAAGCUCCUUAAACUUGUUUAAUGUUGAUGUCCCCAUAACAUAUAUUUUGUUAUUGGAGGAUUAAGUCUUGUGGUAACACCAACAUUAAUGUUGGUGAUAUUUUGCACAUAUUUCAAUUAAUUUAAACAGAAUCAUCACAGUGAGAGAAUUGACUCGUAAGAAGUAAACCUCCGUGCUUUGACACACUAAUUUGCUAAAUAAAGAAGUAAAUAAAUGCAGUUUAAUGCCCAAAGCAUUUCGGUGGGAUUAUAUCUAACAGCUGUUUGCUAAUUCGCUAGCUAGUAAUACAGCUAGCUCACUAGCUACUAAAACAGCUAGCGAACUAGCUAUUUAUACAGCUAGCAAACUAGCUAGGCUGUGGCGGUGCUUACAACUGCCACAAUGUACGAAGGAAUGUUGUUUUGCUACUUCUUUCUGUGUCAGAGUGCUUAGAGGUUUAUGGGCAUCACCUGCUGGGUUUUCAAAGCUAUAAUUAAUUGAAUUGUAUCUGCAACCUGAAUGUAAUCACUAACGCUAACAUUUCCAUUGUAAAACAAAUUAUGCAUGAGAGGCGAAAACUGUGGCGAGCACACAUAUCCACAACGCCUGCUUCCUUUGCUUAACGGUUGCAGAAAAAAAUUAACUUCCUUGUAAUCAGGGCAUUACUGAUACACACUGACACCGCUGCUCCAUCCACCCACCACCACCUAUAUGCCCCGUAGCACAUGCAAACAGUCUAAUACUUGCUGCUGCUGACUGGUGCAGCUGGGUGAGGGUGCAGGGUUCCUGAAGCGGGGGAUUUCACAUCCCAGCGUGCCCAGUCAAUGUGCCAGUCGGCCUUGCCAGCCUUCAUUAGGUGAAAAAGUGAAAACAUUCCCCUUCAAGCGGGUUUAUGGGGCAGCUUUGAACAAUCGAUACCAAAAACCUCCAGCGUGGAACUGCCCUUUAGCUACAGGCAGAGUCUCCCCGGUCAGGAGAGAUCAGCGGGAGACCGCCUCCAUAUGAGGCCUCUGUAUCCAGCGGCAGCUUUCUCUACUAACUCUCUGUUUCUGCUAAAUAUGACAUAACCAACACACGUUUGAGAUGAAUCCAGUGUUUCACUUUUUUUUUAUUUCACUGUUAGGUUUCUGUUACAAAAGCUAUAUUGAUGGUUGUUUUCUUCAGCUUGGAUGAUGCAAAGUCAUGCCAAAAUGUUGAGAUCUGCAAUGGGAUGUAGAAGGAGCCCUACUAUACAGGAAGUACAAUCAUAGAGGGAUGGGGAUAGUAGCACUUUUGAGGCUUUUGAUGGCAUGAAUGUGUAUAUUUGUGUAUGUAUGUGUCACCAUUAGGCAUACUGUGAGGGAAGCAGUGAUUCAGCAAAGUGGUUGAUAACAGAUUUUAAACUGCUGGCCAUGUGUGGGAGAAAUGUUGGUUGAUUAAUUUGCUGUUUGAAAAUGCUUUUUAAUCCAAGCAAAGGCUGACAAUGUGUUUAUUAUGUUUUAUUUGUUCUGACCCCUCAUUUGUUCAUAAAUUCAUUCAUUCAUUCAUAAUCAUGAAGCUCGAUGACUUGAGUCAAAGACAUGCAAACGUGCACUUUGUUUUAAUGCAUGCUAAAAUCAGACCCCUCGCUGCCAGAUUAGUUUAAAUGACACUUAUGGCUCAUUAUUUUUCUGUUUAUUUUUCUCCUUCCCAAAAAUCUCAGAAUGUAUCAGUAUUUGUUCUGAUUAUUGAAAGACUGGUGAAGAAUAAACAAUAAUACAAAUAUCUGGAUGUAAAUAAGAUCUUAAAAUACCAUUUGCAGCACAAACACUGUAGUUUCACCAUUUUGAAUGAGCUGCUAAUACCACAAGAGGACCUAUUUUACAGAAAACUGUGGGAAUCAGUCAGUGUCUUCUUGUAGUAGCAAACUUUUUCAUGCAUGGUCACCUGGAACUAAAAUUGAAUAAUGGUUUAAAUUGAUCGGCUUCUUUAAAAUAGUACAAUUUGUUUAGGUAAAAAUCAAUUAACAAUGAGAAUGAUGAGCCUUAAGUACACUCUAAAAGGAUCAACACAUGUCUGUGUUGUUUUUCGGGAUAACACAUUGAACAAUUGUGCCCCAAACUGCAUAGACAUACCAAGUUGUUGAAGAUUUCGUAUACCAAUUUAGAGUUAUUGUAGUAAGUAAUUGUAGUGCUGGCCAGCAUGCAACAAAUACAACUCAUGGGUUUUCUCCUCUUUAAUUAAAAUCUGUCUUGACAUCCGACAGAUCUCAAAGUCAAUUCAGAUACAACUUCACAUUUCGGAUCCAUCAUGUUGAAGCAGUUUUCUGUCACAGUGUUGCUCUGGGUCUCCUGUCGUCUCUCAGGCUCCUCCAAGCCAGCUAGCAGCCGUCCCACAGCUCUGAUUAGCAUUAGCACUCCCGGGUCCUCUUCUCUAGUUGCAGUUCAGCUAAUGAGAUAGCUUUGGGUCACAGGGAGACUGGUCUGGUCUGGAGAUGAGAAAAAAACAAAACAAUAGGGACCUUGGGCCGGACCGAUUCCAGCACUCCGUACCCAGUGGACAGAUUUGAUGUGAAACAAACUCCUGUUAGAUCCCGUUAGCAUCGUGAAAUGCCAGUAGAUAGUGAGAUAUUUGUCAAAGAGACUAAACUGUGAUGAAAAAAAGGAUUUAAAAAAUCAUUUACCCACACGAAUAUCCAAAUCAUUAAAUCAGCCCUUGCAUUCUAUCUCAUGGAUUACAAAUGAAAUAAAUUACCAUUUAUCUGCAAAGUCCCUACAGAUAUUUAAUCCACUCUGUGUCCCCCCAACCCUCCCUCUUCCUUCACGUGCUAUUAAUGUUUCCCUCCAUCACCCAUCUCUCCCUCUCUGUCCACAGCAGUUGUCCAUGCACUAUCAGCUGCAGGAAUGCUGAAUGCACACUUUACACAUUUUGCCCAAAGAUUUGCAUAUUUGCAAGUUAACUGCUGUGAAUGUACUAGAUGUAGAGGAAAGAGUCGAGAGGCAGAGACGCAGAAAACGAGUGUUGGAUGGAAGGAGAGGGAUUGUUUUUCUUACAUGAUCGUUCCAUUAAAUCUUAAUUACCGGUAUGCUCCAACUCUUCAUGCUUCAUAACAUUUUCAGUCUACUGUUAGCUGGAGCUGAACUCAUUGUUCACAAAAUAAUGUUCUCAUUGGAAUUAAAGGCAUGAAGUGAAGAAGCUUUAGUAUGUUGGCUUCUUAGCCCACUGCAAAUAAUAAUGUCAAGUCUUAUAGUUCAAAGUCCCAGGCUGGAAUCCUUUGAAAUGUUGAACUGUUGACUAUCAAAACCAAGUUUACCAUUCCCAUAUAUCAAAUGGUUAAAGUUCAAUGGAAAUCCAGACAAGAAGUUCAACACUUUGGGAUUUACUAAAGGCGCUUUUACACUGGCAGGUUAGUCCGAAUUUGGCAGUGGUUUACCUAAAAAUAUAAAGUUUUUGGGGGAAAGAAAUUACGCGCUCACCUAAAUGAGGUUGUUGCAAAUCAGAGCCAAACAAACUGUAGUACAGUUUGUGUUCAGUCAGGAAGCAGUUUGUACGCCACGACGAAAAACUUGUGAACAUGUCAUGGCAAAAUUAUUCUUGCAGAAUUCUGACUCAAACCAACAAACCCAGUGUGAAAACAGAUUUUAGACGUUGUCUUUGACCACAGCCAGUUGUUUGGACACAGUCCUUUGAGGCACCAGGCUUCAGUUUCCAGUUUUGUACCAUAUCACUCUGAAGAAGGAUUAUCACUUCUGGCAGCUUUUGUAAAUAGCGUGACAUCUUACACACAGGCCGCUCUGUGUGAAAUGAACCGUAUGUGGCGACAGCCCCGUCUCAGAUAUUUCAGCGUUUCUAUAGAUCUGCUUUAGUUCACGCAAACAUUGCACUACAUUAUCAUACUUAGCUAACGCACUCUCCAUGUGCACGCACUGCUAGCUUAGUCUGUUGGAGCACUUGGUCAAAUAUCCACUUAACAUUUGCUACACAUCCAGGAUGCACUUUUCCACCAAGAAUCAUUUACUACAGGUCCACUCGCAAUAGAUCAGAGUGACACAUCAACUUAAACCUCCAGUGAAAUGCCUUUUUUAUCACCGUUAUUACGGGGGAGUAUGUUGAACUUCACUAACAUUCAGUCAUGCUCUGACUUGGUUAAACUUUCUUGGUAUCAGUGGCAUCCCGGAGUGACUGUCUGUAACUACUGUGUUUGUCCAUGCUUGAUGUGUCCGUAUAUAAGAAAUUCACAGAUCUUUACCCCUUCCCUUUUGUCUGUAUAUUUCACCUCACCCACACCAAACCCUCUCCACCAAAACCACAAGAAGUCAGAGCCCUCUGUGGCCGAACACACUCAUAGUCUUCAGAUAUCCAGCUGUACUGCGAAGUAUUCGUAAGAGUUACGCAGCUUGGGAGCUCCCAGCAGUUCUUUGAUGAGACUGAAAUAACUUCUCCACCUUACCAGCUAAAUGUCAAGUCGUUCUGUACUGUUUAAGUUCACUCGACCCAUCCUUGUAGGUGAUUUGCCAUCUCUGUCAGUUUAGCUGCUCAGUUAGACCCUAAUGCCUGAUGCAUUCUUGUAGAGUACUUGGAGAUUGAGAACUAUGUUGAGAACGUUUGCCCAGUUGUUUGACCCCUCUAAGUAAAUGCAAAAAGGAUUUGUAUCAAAAACAUUCUGUUUGUCUCUGGCAUAGCUCCGUCAAACUUUACAGUACAGUUUUGUAUCUAAGGAAAUGGACAAACUUAGUAAUGGAAUUUGGCAUUACUUUUUUUGCUGAUUAACUUUCAAUUCCUGUUCCAACUGAACAAGCCAUGCUCAAGCUCUCACGGGAUCAAAGAUUUUCUUUAUUUCUGUCACAUUUUUUUUAUUUUACAAUCCUCAACAAGUCUAAUAGUCUAAAACAUGUUCUGGGGUGAAACCUGGAUCUUUUACAGAUUUAGAGAGAUUCAAUUUUUAUUUGGUAGAAAUCAAAGAAUCCCUCAUAUUGUCGAUCAACAACAUUUCGUUCCUCAGACCUUCAUAAGUGAUCGACUGUCUACGUGAUUCUUUAUUUUCUUGAAAAAGUUUCUGGAUUUUUUUCCCAAUAUGGGUCUUAUUUUCAUACUUUCGCCCAUCGUUUCUGUUGGUUAUGACAACAUGUGGCUGCCUAACAGCUGCUUUUCAGAGAUCUAGGACACGAUGGAAAAGACACAAGACACCUUUAAAUGUUGUUUCAUGUUCAAGUGCCAAACAUAAGUUUUAGCUAAUUGUGGCUAAACUUGAGGUUUUUCAAAUGUGCAUGAUGCUCAUCUUGCUUGCACAAGCGGAUGUUGUUGUAAAGCUGUUUUAAAUGCAAUCUCCAAAAUCUCUGAAAUGCAUCUGAUGAGUAAAAUAUUGAUUUAAUCAACAGGAAUGAUAGUCAGAAUAAGACUCAUGUUAAAAAGAAAAAUGAUUUGCCUUUAAGGUAAUAAGCAUUAGCAACCCAUACUCACAAUGAAAUUCUGUUGGGGACAAAAAAUGAUUUUGGUGCCAAUCCUGAUGCCAUUUAUUGGGGGGAAAGUGACCAAUCCAGUGUCGUCGUUUAGUGAAAGCUGUCUUUUAGCACCUUUAUAUCAUCACAGUGAACUCAAACCAUAACUGUUAAGGGUUCACAACUAUAUAUGUCCUGGGAUGAGUUGACAUGUAAAGAAAAGAGAAGACAGCAGGUGUGUUUUUACCAUCAGGACAUCCCUUUCACCCGUCGUACAGGGGCUCUGUUACUCGGAUACCUUUCAUAUUAACCUUUGAUCCAUAAACCUUCACUCCACAUCCGCCUUUCUCUCUCUGUUACAGUCACCUCUUUUGAUUUUUAGUUCUCUUGUUUUACUUAAAAAUUUUUGCUGUACAAAGUGUUUAAAAUAUUAUUUGUAUUAUAUGAUGUUAGUAUGGUAAUGUUCUUUAUUAAGGAAGAAGAAAAUUUAUUUUUGUUACUGGUCUGUUUCAUAAUUCUUUUCUAAAUUGGUAUUGUAAGAUAUCUAUGCAAGAACUGUUAAGUGGAGCAUUUUUAUUUAAGAAUGUAAUAUGUGUAAUAAAUGGUAGAAUCUGG